CCAGAUCUGUCCAUUAUUUCAGAUUAUUUCCCCGUGCCAAUGAUGCACGAAGAAUAUUUUUGAGCCACGGGUGAUACGUGGCGUUGUUCAAGGAAUGCCACUUGAAAGCUUGAUGGUUUGUCUUUGCUUGUUUUUAACCAGCAGAAGCUAACAUCAGGCGGAUGGCUGGAGGGUUCAACAUUGUCAACACACUUCUUUUUCCAGCGCCCGAGUCGAGUUAUGACUUGAAUACCUUUCCUGAAGAGGAGCUGAUUUGGCUGCCACGAAAUCUUGAUCCAGAUGACCCAGAUGUAGAGGCCAAUGUUCCAUGCCUAUUCAUGACCUCCAACUCAGCUCGAUUCAUUAUGCUGUAUUUGCACAGCAAUGCCGAGGAUCUUGGGCGUUGCUACAACUUUUGCAACAUGCUUCGUAUGCAAUUCCAGGUGAAUGUGCUUGCUGUAGAAUAUCCGGGCUAUGGAAUAUGUCCUGGUGGUCAGGCAGACGAAUUGUCGGUGACGGAGAAUGCGCGUUUAGCCUUCCGCUUUACCACAGAGGUGCUUCAAUUUCCAGCCGAGGAUAUCAUCAUUCUCGGUCGUUCAGUGGGCAGCGGGCCUGCUCUUCACCUAGCAGCCGAAGCACGAACCUACGGGGUCAUUCUGAUAUGUCCUUUCCUAUCUGUCAAAGAGGUAGUUCGGUGCCAUCUUGGCCGAGUUGCGGAUUUUAUCGAAGAGCGCUUCCCCAACAAGGAAAAGAUCAAGAACAUCUCGGGCUUUUUGUUGGUUGUUCAUGGAAAGAAGGAUACUGUUGUUCCCUGGACUCAUGGACAAGAGCUUUAUGACACAUGCACAUGCCGAAAGCGGUUGGUCACUCCAGAAGAUAUGACGCACAAUGCGAGUUUGCUUGCAGACCCUACAACUUUCAUUGUGCCGGUGCUGCAGUUUUUUGGACUUCCUGAUUACAACUUUGAACCACUAAGGAUCCCAAACUGGGUUUUUGAUGCAAGCCUUACCCCAACAAUUCUACGAACUGAGCGAAAGGCUGUCACUCCAAAAAGACUUGGAGCUACAUGCAAUGGACGUGCUCCCAAGAGUCAAUCACGUCGCCAACAAGGGCCCUGCUUGGAAGCUUUGCCAGAGACCUCCAAGAGCGACUCUGGCACUUUGAACACAGCUGAUGCUGUGCAGCGGUUUCUAGAUUGGCAGGAAGGACGAUCCGCAGUUUGCGAGACCAACAAAAUCCAGCAUCUUGAGCGUCACAAGGAGUUUGCAUUGGGUCCAGACGUUCAGGCUUACUGCAGGUCUAAUGAGUAUGAUGAUAUGCCUCAACCCCCAGAUGAUGAUGGCUAUUUCAAGGUACCGAGAUCGCACGAUGCGGGACCGACCCUCACGGCUCCAGUCCUGCAAAGUCCUGAACUUGGAGCCGAGAAGCCAUGCAACUGGGAUGCUUGGAUGUGUACCAUGUGUGUGUCUGGUGAUGCACGCCCAGCUGAACAGGAGUGCAUCACAGUGGCCCAGCAAAUGCAAGGAGACGAGGUUAUUUGGAAGCCUUGGGCGUGCCGAAGUUCAGAGUUUCUUUCAAAGCACUAGCAGCACUAGCACCUUGAAGGGAGUUUGAACAAAGGUGACAGUUGGAUUGUGAAUGUGGAUAUAUAGCUCAGAGUAAUGAUUUUAAGGCCUUUGUAUAUCUUACUCUCCCCAAGUAUCUGCAAACUCUCUUGUCGAUGAAUGAGACCUGCGAUCCCACGGCACAAGAAAGGCAUAGCUUGGCUGCUACCCAUCUUGUCUCAGUUGCAGUGAGUUGACUUUGAUCUCAGUCGUGCCAGAUGGUUGCAAAUUAGAAGUGGCUAGCAGCCAUUAUAUAUACACUACCAAGGGGGUUGUUUCAAGACAAUGAUGGAAUCAUUGCUCAGUAUUCAUGCAAAACUGCGGAACCAUUUGCAUACAUAUACAAGAGGGGCUGUUUGGUCAUUUUCCCAAGGAGGUCAUGCUCAGAGUGCGAACGCAGGUUACAAGCGGCCAAGCUCUCCCAGCAAAGCUUGAGGCCAGCUCCAAAAUGCCUGCCGCGGGAUGACCCAGACCCAUAGCCACAGCUAUCAGCGCUUGGGCGAGUUGGAGUUAGUACCAAGCUGCCAAACUCCAGAGAUCGUUUGUUUCGGUGUCUCACUCUAGAAUUCAAGCAAGUUAGGAAGGUGUCUCCUUCCGCAGUAGCUUCGGACAGUUUGAUCAACACGACGGUUGCAAUCUGUGUCGCAUGGACAAA